AUGCAGAUCCCGUUGAUCAGACUCCAGUGCGGGGUCAACAGCUAUGAUUGGGGGAAGAUUGGCAAGGAAUCUGCUGCUGCUAAGUUCGCUGCGGCCACCCCCGCCGACAACUUCUCAAUUCAGGAAGACAAACCAUAUGCAGAGCUGUGGAUGGGCACCCAUCCAUCAAACCCCUCCAGAGAUCUUACCACCAAACGCACGCUGCUCGACCUCGUCCAGGACAACCAGGCUCUUCUCUCCCAGGACAUCACCUCAAGAUUUGGACAGAAGCUUCCCUUCCUCUUCAAGGUUCUCUCAAUCGGCAAGGCGCUGAGUAUUCAAGCACAUCCAAACAAGAAAUUGGCAGAGCAAUUACAUGCACGGGACUCCAAGAAUUAUCCCGAUGACAACCACAAGCCCGAGAUGACCAUUGCCAUUACACCAUUUGAUGGUCUUUGUGGAUUCAGACCCCUUGCAGAAAUAUCACACUUCUUUGAGACAGUACCGUCAUUGAGAAAGCUCGUCGGAGAGAAGGAGGCGGAGGAAUAUCAAGCGGCAGUCAAAGGGCAAGACACAUCGGAUAGGAAAGAAGAUGAAGAGAAGAACAAGAAGGCGUUGCAAAAGGCAUUUGGGUCUCUGAUGAAUGCAAAGAAGGAGGAUAUUGAGGCUGCAAGCAAGGCGCUUGUUGAAUCUGCUAAGAAGGAAGGGGCAGAUUUCGCUGGCGGUGGAUUACCAUCGACGUCUGGCAAAGAACUUGCAGAUCUCGUUUUGAGGCUGGACAGCCAGUUCCCUGCCGACAUUGGACUCUUCGUUCUCUUCUUUCUGAAUUAUGUCAAGUUGGAGGUUGGUGAAGCUAUGUUCCUCAAGGCAGACGAUAUCCACGCGUAUUUGAGCGGUGAUAUCAUUGAAUGCAUGGCUGCAUCAGACAAUGUUGUGCGUGCUGGGUUCACACCCAAAUUCAAGGACGUUGAUACCCUCAUUUCAAUGUUGACCUACUCUUACGCUCCUAUCUCCGAACAGAAGAUGGUGCCCGUGGAUUAUCCCUAUGUUACACUCAACGCUUCGGCAUACUCGUCAGGUUCGGGAGCAAUACUCUACGAUCCUCCAAUCGAUGAGUUCAGCGUUGUGAAGACGGAUCUGAAGAAGAAGGGGGCAAAGGCUACAUUCGAACGGAUUGCAGGACCUAGUAUAUUCAUAUGUACUUCCGGGGAGGGCACGAUUGCUGUCGGCCCCAAGGUAGAGGAGGUGAAGCCUGGCUACGUGUAUUUCGUGGGAGCCACUGCUGAAGUGGUUCUGGAGAGCGAGACAGAGGAUUUCACGACAUUCAAGGCGUUUUGCGAAUUGCGCGGAAAAGAAGAGGGGGAGAAAGAGAAGCUCUGA